CUUUACUCCACCGCUCUCUUGAGAUAAGGAGUAUUUUGCCGCUUAGUUGUAAGAUCCUGGAUGACUAGUCGUAAAAGACAAUGUGCACGGUAAACUCAAAAUGUCCCCAGCUAGACCGAGUGAUGGGCUCACAGCGAGGGGUCCACCUAUCAGAACGGGGCGUGAAUAAUGAGAGCAUGGGACGGGAGCUGGGACCAUCAAGGACACAGGUCCCCUGAAAUUUCUUGCCAGGCUCACAUACUGGUAAUCUGCAAACGAUGAACGCUUAGCCGCAAUAACAGACCAAGGCAAUACCGCAUUAUGGUUAGGCGGGGGAUCAGCCCAAAUUCGGUGCCAACAUGAGUUCGAAGUUGCACAAAAACAGAGACGAGACUUUUCCCGUCAUGCCGACGAAAAUUAUCACCUAGACUUCGCGACUUAUGCUCGCUUCUCUCAAGAAGCAGGUUAUCUACAAGUGUUGAUCCAUACACCAAAGCAAUAGCUCUACUCACGAUGAACGAGAAGCUGCCAGCAGUAGUUGGCCAUAUAGCUCCUGAGAGCCUAUGGCGUCGGGCCCAGUCAUCGCUCAUACCUCUCCGCCAGACAUUACUUCUGAUACUCACUCUUUCGGUUGUUUAUAGCGUCUAUAGGAUUCCAAUACUCAAAGAAUGUCUGAAGCAGCCGCUUGCUACAGAGACUGUAGAGAGGGUACCAUUAGAGAUCCACAUCAUCACCAAGUGUGGCAAUGCAAGGACCGCCUUGACGGACUUAUUACUUCCUACCAUCGAGCGUGUUUACGACAAGGUCGACUUCAGGCUGAGCAUCGUUGCAAGGCCAACAGAAGAUGGUAUAGUCUGCAAGCAUGGCCCCGAGGAAUGCAAGGCUAGUAUCAUGGAACUGUGCGCACAGGAGACGCACCCGGACUCCAGGACUUACAUUGGCUUCAUCGAGUGCUUGACGCACGAGUACGAGCGGAUUCCGGAGCGCGCACACUACGAAGUCUGCGCUUCGAAAUUUUCCGUAGAUCUUGAGGCAGUCGAUCAAUGCGCUACCAGAGAUGGAGGAGCAUACGGUUUCAAGCUACUUCGGGAAAGUGCUCAACACACUAUAGAUGCGGGUGUGCGUAUUAGUGGCACAGUUCGAUUGAACGAAAAGAUUUACUGCAUCCGGGAUGGGGACAACUGGACGGAUUGUCCCAACGGUCCUAGUGUUGAUAACCUCGUCGAUGCCAUCGAACAUUUUCAUAACGCGACGACAAGUGACCUGUGAUACUUGGUUUUCUACAUUGCAGCUUUUUGGUGUUGAAUAGCAAAGCAGUGGGGGUAGCAUGUCCGGAUAAACAUGGCUGUGCAUCUCGAUGCACGAGCCAGAGUGGCGUAAGGUGUCUACAAUUUCGCGGUUUAUUCUCAGUUGGUAACGUAGCUUGCCUAACCAAUCCACUCGUUCAACUGUA